UCAAAGGCCGUAAUGUUGUUUCUUUUUCCGCUCCUGCUUCCGCAGCACCCCAGCAUAUCGCCCCAGCAUCAUGACGGUCCCCUGAGGAUUCAUGCGGGUGACCUGCAAAAUAUCAAAAUGUAUCCUGUUCGUCAUCCAGUCACACCCCAACCAACCCCAGUCUCGAGUCUCGAGGAUGCCGACCUGUGGCAAGACGGAUGCGUCGCAUAUCGCGAGGUUGUCGAUGCCAUAGACUCGAAAAUCGUUGUCAACAACAGUACCCAUUGGUGCCGAACUGACAGACGCCAUGUAUGAAAGAGGGAGGGGUCCAUGUACGUGUUGAUAGAUGUGUGGAUGCAUAUCUCACCCCGCAAAGUGCCAGAGGCUACUGCCAUGCGCCUUGACAUAUGUCUCGAGACCGCUCCGACUCAUAUCUAUGAACACACGCAUAGACAAGCCAAGACAAACGGGUGCAGAACGAAAAAACAGAUCCGCUUUUUGUCCAGCUCGAUCGCGCACCGAUCGGAAGCGGUGGGAAUAUUGCAAAUCGUCGGGCCCUCCGCAGCUGUACCUCCUCCAGAUAUUCCUCGGUGCACGGUUGCCAGACCCCACAGCCAACGUCGCCCUCUGCUUUGUCAUCAUCCUGAACAGACCAUCCUUCGUCGCAGGGCAGUGAACAAUGCGCCAUAUAUCUUAUUCAACUGCCUCCCCACCGGUGCCGAGAGCAGGUCCGCAAUGGACUUCAGGCCCCCAGUGAGGAACGUGGCCAGCUCCGACUGCACACCUCGCCACUCGUCGAGUCCGUCCGGUCGCAGCUGCCGUACCACAUCCAGCUCCUGCUUCACCAGAUCCGGCAGAGGCGCUUCUUCCAGGGCACGACGCUUGUCCGCUGGGGCGUCGCCCAGAAACUCCCACAUGGACGGCGGGUGGGUGGGGUAAUCAGGCUGAACUGAUCUUAUCACGGCUGCCGUGUCCUGUCAAGUGAAAACGGACAGAAAUCGUGUAUGAGACCCCUUGCUUGCACCCGCUCGUCUGAUACGCAAUGCGUACCAAAAGUUCAUCCGAAUCUGCCCCAGGAACGUUUCGCGCGCCAAUGAGGAGGAGGCUCAGAAAGGAGUUGAAUACCAGGAACGGACACGCCAGCGGCCCGUUUUUCUGAAGAAUGCCGUCGAAGUUGCUGGUUCCGAUCAUCUAUCGACGAAUUGACAAAACAAGCGAUUGAUGAGCGUGCCCUGUGAGCAUGACAUUGCUUUAUGUAUGUGUCUCUCCUCAUCACUCACCCGGAUCAUCCUCUUUAAACCCUCCACAGCAACAUGCAGGUCCUCUCCGUCGGGGUCAUUGUUGUAGCCGCCCGACACUAUCGGCUCACCUGCACAUAAGCAAUUGAUAAGCUUCCGAGACAUCAAUCAAGCGGAUCGGUACGUCUUGACCCUUUUCGUUGAUUGUGACAUAUCCUCGACCCUUGGGAACAGAAGGGAACGAUAUCAUUGCGACCAGCUUCCUGCCGUGCAAUGGAGACACGAUCGACGAAGUCCCUUUCGACAUAUGUCCGUAUACGUGUGCUGUGUGAAUAUAUGUACUGGAUGCAGGUGAUGGUGGGGAUCAGUGGCAGACACAGGGGGCUUUCAUCAAACCCACUCGAGCACUUCUGUAGGACCCGCACAAGUAAGUCAGCCUCGCUACACAAAAAAGAGCGGAGACAAACAAGUACAUCAAUGUUCAUCGGAUUUCGUACGGCGAUGAUCGCAAGUAUGGGGGCAGGAUGAGUCGGGUUGCGAAAACCAGGCUUUCUAUGCUUUUGCCGCCACUGAACUCCUCACUGGCUGCCCAUCCGCAAUCAGGACUCGAAUCGAAGAUGCUGCAUGCAUUCACAGGUAUUAAAUCACAGGCAUUUCAGCAGCCAGUACUAACUUGAAAUCGAGCCUUUUCCCAGAGCUGCCCGAGCAGCCUUCGCCCACACGCGACACGCCGCCCACUUGGACCGAGGUUAUUUUGAAGCCAUCGGGUUCUGGCAGGGGCGCGUCGAAGAAGGUCGCAAGAGGCGUCUACAUCGUAUAACAAGGACGCUUACUGUCUCUUGCGUUGGUGGCUGUUACCCAGUUUCUGUCAUGCAGGUUCUUGCCCAGCUCAGAUAUCUCAAGCACCAUCCCGCCUUUCUCCCCCCUCCCUUUCAUCGCCUUCUCAACGGCAUCCCUCGGCCCAACGCCCGACUUCAUCAGCACGACGGGCGUAUUGACGGCACCGGCACUCAAAAAGAUCUCCCCGGCGGGGCGGAUGCACGCUCGCAUCACCUCUUGCUUGUGCUCUGCUUCCUCCUCUGUGUCGUCGUACUUGUCCUCCAGCGAGAGGCUGCUCACUCUCGAGUCGAUCCUCUUCGCUUCGUUGGGAGAUUUGACGAAUUGCACGCACGUGGCGCGCGGCUUGCCCUUGUAGCUAGUGUCGAACUCGACUCGGAUGACUGUGACGCGCGUCUUGAUCUCCAAGCCGUUCGGGACGUUCUUGCGUUUGGAAAGCAUCCCUUGGGCCAAGACAUCAGAUGCCAGCCGCUCUCUUGUCGACGCCAUGACGCCGUCAUCAUUCAGGAACAAUGAGAGCGUGUUCCAAGAGCCUUCAAUUAACUGUGCCCUCGUGCCGACCAGAGGGGAAUAGCCCACCUCUUCGUUGGAUUUAGCCCACGCGCUGCCAUACCUGAGACACAAAUGUACACGUGAAAUGGGCAUAGAUGCCUUAGUGGAUUGCGGACGGCUCAGCGAAGUCCAUUGGCGUCGCCACCUGUUCUCGCACCCACACAUACGCCUAAAAGAGCAUAACCCACAAGUGCGAUGCAUUUCUGUCAGAACGCAAACGCCUCGUUUACAUCAUCAACCAGUCCUUGAUCAAGGUCCGCCCCCUCAGUCCUUAAGGCGUCGAAGUACCGUGGUUCUUCCUCGAUAUAGACGCCUGCUGACUGAUGAGGUCACACACAUGCCACUCACUUGGAGAUAAUGCAGCCAUUUUUCUAUUCUUAUCUGGUCACCAGAGCAGUGCCGCCGCUCAGGACUUGAAACAGACAAAGGCCGCAAGACAGCAAAGAGAUACGAAAACGAGAAAAUCCAUCACUCUUACCUCUCCCAAGAUGACUCACGACGCCUUCCAUUGUGAUGCUGAAGAAAAACCAAAGAAGACUGACUCCUUCCUCUCCUCCUGCUUUGGCCCUCUCUUUUGACUUACACUUCUUCAGUGAUGUCGUUGUUCAGAAGGCCAGUGCCUGCCGAUCACCAGGCUGCGCUAGGAUAUGGUCACCGAGCAUUAUUCCCGUACUUACCCCAGCCCUCGAUUGUCGUUGUCUCCUGAUUUUCUUCUCGCCUUCCGCCCCUUUCGAGCACGAGCACAUGAGCAUCGCCGUCCUCGGCGAGUGUGUAAGCACUGAAGCAGUUACCGAGGCAGAUGAUUCAUCAGCUGACCAUCCCCGAGUCGUUUACUUACAGCGGCAUUCCGGCAGCCCCCCCGCCCACCACAAUGUAGUCGUAGAGCUUGGGCGAGUGGAAUGCAUGCUUGUCGUGGUGAUUCUGGCCUUGAGCGGUGGUGAAUGCAGUCAAGAUGAGGGCAAGAGAGGCCGUGAAGUAGUUGAAAGCAGCCAUCAU